GUUUUAUAAAUGUAAUGCGAAAAGAGUUGUAAGGAACAUCAUUUGGGAAGAUUUUUCAUUACUUUGCAAAAAUGUGCAAACCAGUUAUUUUAGGAAAAAACUCUUAGUUGCAUAUUUGUUUGUAUGUAUGUAUUGCGUUUUAGGAGUUUUAAUGAAAUUUUCUUUAUGUAAUUACCUAUUUUCUAAAAACAAUGUGAAAGUUCGCGUAAAUAUUGGAGUGGAGAAAACUAAAUGAGUGUUUAAGGAGAAUACUGCAUAAAAUUAUUGAUUUUAUUAUCAGUGACUGUAUAACGCCACGACGACAAAAUGGCGGCAUAUGUUUCGAUUGAGUUCGUUAAAAAAAAAGGUUUGUGAAUAUACUGAAUAUUUAGUGUGUACACAAACCAAAUAUAUACAUGACAUUACCUGAAGUGUUCCAGAGUAAAACAAGUAUUUCCAGUUCACAGUUUUUUUUUGUUUCAUUCGUUUCGUAUACAAAUAUGCAUUUUGUAAGUAGUUUUUGUGCUGAGUGUUACAUGAUAUGAAAAAAGUACGUAUCGUGCAUACAUCACUGUGUCUGAACACAAUAGCAGUAGAAAGACAUGCCGAACUACGAAAAAAUUUAGUGUGUUGAAACAUUUUCACGAUAGAGGAUACGGAGUACGGAAAAGUCUGCUUGGAAACAUUUCGUGGCAUUAAUUCAUUAAUAAAUACAUACAUACAUAAAUAAAUAUAUAUAUACAUAUAUAUAAUUUAUGCUGACUUAUAUAAUGCAUUAAUAAUAGCUCGCGUAGAGGAGAAAAUGCACGACACGUUAUAUUUUUUCACCAUACAAAGCAAACUUCUAUUAUAGUGGAAAGAAAGAGACCACGCUAUAUUGAAUAUAGCACAAAGUUCAUGUUGAAAAUAUAAAUUUAAAGAAAACCAAAUUUGAAUAUUGAAAAUACAUAAGUGAAUUUUGGUAGGAUAGAAUAGAUUUUACCAAAGAAAUCAAAAAACAUGUGUUCAAAUAUAAAAUCUAAUUAUAUACAUUUGAAAUAACAAAAAAAAAAGAAAAAAAAAACAAGAAGGCUAUUACUAAACUAUAGCUGUAUAUGCUUAUUGAAGAAACAUCAUAUUAACAUUGAAAAUUCUAUUAAAUUUCAAAAUAUACAUUAACAUCAAUAUAAGUUAAAUCAAAUUCUAUAUAAAACUGUAACGGAUGUAUAAAUAUUUAUAACCACAAACAAAAAUGCCAAGAAUUGUGCCUAUUCAAUUACUAAAUUGCUUGCGAGUGCUGUUAGAUGCCAACGGUGGUAUACGCAGCGCUGGAGAUGUCAAACGUAUCGCUGGAUUGAUGACAAAAUAUUCCAAAAAACUGGUCUCAAAAUGCAUUUAUGUGCAAAUACUUAAAGUAACCAAAACAGAUCUACUUGUUGAAUUUAUGCAAGUUGGUGGAUGGACUUUAGUUUAUAACUGGCUUACAGAUGGUAUACGUGGCAUGAAUUGGCCUUUAGUGCAAGAAGUCUUAGAAUUAUUUCUACUCUGUCCGGUUGAUGUACAUCGAUUAAAAAUCAAUCCAGCGCCCAAAUUAGUGAAAGGAUUGACGAGAGAUGGUGGCAAUGAGAGAGUACGUAUAUUAGCAAAUCGUUUAGUUGAGCAAUGGUUAAAAAUUGUGACUGAAAGUACAAAUAUUGCAAUAUACGCUCUUCACGAUAAGUCGACAUUAGCCGGCGAAUUACGUGUUAGCGUAACACCUACAAAGGAUAUUGGUAGUAAUAUUGUUAAUAGUACCGAAGCUUCUAUAAAUUUAAAUGAUGACAUUUCUACAAAUUUAGAGUCUCAAGAUAUGCAAUUACCAAUUUCAAAUACUCAGAUAAUUGAAAAUAGAAAUUCAGCUACACAUGAUAUAACUUCUACAUCACGUACAGCUAUUGAAUUAGAAAACUCUUUAACUGAUGAUUCAGUGAUGACAACAAAAGCCAAACCCCAAGUUGGACGUACAACAAAAGUAAUGAAUUCAAAAUUUGUGCCAGCAAAGAGUAUACCCACAAAGGUAGUUGCGGGAAGAAAGAAAACUGCACGUAUCAAUUUAAAAGUAAACGAAAUUGAAGAAGAAGAUCCACUUGCUGAUGUGGGUGAUACACCACCACUUAUUACCAAGUAUACAUUAACUGCAGCACAGAAAAAGGCGACUGAAGCAGGUUUAGUUUAUAAAUUUGUUGUGAAAGAUGGUCAACAAGUUUUAGCUAAAGUAUCACAGGAAAAUGAGAAAGAAGCUGAAAAUCGAAAAGGCGAACCGACAUUUUUAACUGAGCAAGGAGAUCAUGAUGUGUUAGUAUCAUUAGAAGAGGAACAAGACGACGAACUAAUCACAGUAGAGAAUAUCGAUGACAAUCUAGACAAACAAGAAGACGAAAUGCCUAUUGAACUAAGUGAAGUGUUAUUACCAGUAGAUGCUGUUCAAAAGUAUGUUACACAAAUUAGUGAUAAGCCGGAAGAAUCACAUGAAGAUGAUGAUAUAGACGUAGAAUAUAUACAAAAAAUCGCUAAUGAAAGAUAUAAUUUUAAAUUUGAUCUAUUCGAUACGGAAGACGCAAACGAAACUGUUGAUAGCUUAAAUGAAACUAUUCAAAGCAGUGAUCAAAAUGCUGAUCAAGAUAGUGUGCAAAAGAGUGCGCAAAGUAUUGAUCAAAAUACUGAUCAAAAUAGUGAGCAGAAUAGUGAUCAAAAUAAUGAUCAAAACAUUGAUAAAAAUUUAGAUCAAAGCAGUGAGAAAAAAGAACGUAAAGUCGAAAAGGACUUAAAAGAAAAUAAGGAUAAAGAACGUAAAGAUGAUAAGGAGAAAUCGCGUAAAUCUAGUUCUUCAAGUCAUAGAUCAUCUUCAUCGGGUCAUAAAUCUUCAUCUAAAAGUAAUUCGUCAUCAUCAAGUAAAACAAAAUCUUCAUCUUCUUCGCAUCGUAGUUCCAGCGAUAAGCAUCAUAGUAAUAAGGAACGUACAAGUUCAAGUAAGGAUAAAGACAAAGAACGAAAAGAUGGUAGUAGCUCGAGUUCAAGUAGACAUAAAUCCUCUUCAAAGUCAUCAUCAUCUACAUCAUCUUCAAAGGAUCGGUCACGUGAUAAGGAUAGGGAUAAAGAUAAAGAAAAGGACAAAACUAGCUCCUCGUCAUCGUCUAGUAAAAGAGAUAAGGAACGCGAAAAAGAGGAACAAAUUGAAAAGAAUAAAGAAACACUUGCCAAAGUUGCACCACAAACACUUGAGAAAUUUGGGAAAAUUCCGAAAAAGCCUAAAGAAGAUACUGAAAUAAAACAACAUAUAUCUAUUACAAUACCUUCUAAAAAAGCAUCAAUGUCUAUUGAAUUAAAACCUGAUGCAGAAAAGACUAAAACUGUUAAAACAUAUAAAUCACAAUUUCGUUCGCAUGGUCUUAAUGAAGAAGCUCCUCCACCGCCAUCGCGUAGAGAUCUUAAGAAACCUAAACCUAUUUUACCACCUUCUGUCGUCUCUCCUCUUGUAUUGGCUUCAACUCCUAUAAAGCGUACUUCACCAGUAGCCAUUGACCUUCCACUAGAGAAAAGGCCAAAAAUUUCGUUGGAUAGUAUGAAUAUUCAUCCAAUCAAAGAAAAACCGGGUGCUGUCAAACUUAUACCAGCCAAAAGAAUGCAAACUCUUGUUGAAACCAAUCUGUUUUCGGAUGCUCUGUCUGCCGCUACUGGUGCAAAGAAAGUGGUAAAACGCAAGCGGCCUAUUGUUAAAGAUGCAGCUUCUCCACCGACAAGUCCAGCCACAACAGUUCUUGCACCAUUGAAAUUUUAUCAGGACACAUUAAAUGAUUCUCGCGAUGAAAAAUCCGAUAAAGAGAAUGAUGAAAAUUUAAAUAGCAGUAAACAAGAAGCAGCUGAAUCAUCCAGUAUUGAAUGUAUUGAUUUAAUGAACGAUGAAGAUAACGAUGAUAUACCAUUAAAGAAGGUUAAGGAAGAUAUUGAAAAGAAAGUUCGAAAUGAACAAUUGCAUAAAGAGAAUGCAACAAUUAUGGAAAAUGAAGUCGUCAGUGAUGAAGAAGACCGCAAAAAACCUGGUCCUGGUUGUGGACCAAAUGGUCCACCUGGUGUACUGUUACUACACCGUCGUAAGGGUCCGAAGAAGAAGUUGACUUGGCGUCCACAAGAGCAACUUGAAGAGAUACGUUACUUUGAAUUUGAUGAGACUGAGCGAGUUAAUGUUACUAAAGUGUCAUUUAUGGAUAUGAAGAAUAUGGAGCGUUUUAGAGAGCGAGAUGCUAUACAUUUAUCGCGUAACUUUGCAAGCCAUAAUGAAAUAUUAAGGCCAUCUUAUGACUCCUGGUUGGUGCUAUCUGAUUUAGAUGACUUACCUACACAUCCUGGUGGCGCAUCAUCAAGUGAACGUAAAGUACAAGUAGGUCGUGAGACUUUAACACUGCGUGCACUGUAUUUUACGAAUACACUGAUACCAGAUACACCAGCAGAACCAGAUGUUGAACUUAUUCCUUUAAUGGAUCAAAUGACAAUUCCAUUAGAUGAUGUUGCUGGUUGUGCUGAUUCGACUAACGAUUUUACAAAUAUGCCGUGGCCUUCACCAAAAUCAUCACCAAGAUCAGAUGAUAUAGAUAUCGAUGUAAAUGCUGGUGUUCGUGAUAUGUUAGAACCUCCAGACCUUUUCUUGAACUUUAAUAAUCCAUUUGGCGGUAUCAUGAAUAAUAGUGCCAAUGCAAUUCCAUUUGGAAAUCAAAUUAAUAAUAUGCCACCUCAAAUAAAUCCUAUGCAAAUGAGAAUGGGUGUUAAUGGUCCUUCUGAUAAUUGGCAAAAUUCACGUAUGAGUAAUCCCGGUCAAAUGAACUGUCCUCCUGGUGGACCUGGUGGUAUGAUGCCUAACAUGAUGGCUCCUCCGCCAAACUUUAUGGGACCACAAGGUCAAUUCAAUUCAAAUGGCGCGCCAUUUAUGAAUGGACCACCAGGUUUCAUGCCAAAUGGUUUUGGACCAAAUGGACCAAAUUUCGGCUAUAUGGGUCCGGGUGGCCCUGGUCCCAUGGGUGGUAUGGGUAACAAUGGUCCAAUGAAUAACAACGGUCCAAUGAAUAAUAAUAUGACAAUGAAUAAUAACGGUCCUAUGGGUCCAAUGGGUAACAAUGGUCCUAUGAGCAACAUGAUUGGUAAUAACGGCCCUAUGUGCAAUAAUGGUCCAAUGGGCAAUAAUGGUCCCAUGGGCAACAAUAAUCAUAUGGGACCAAAUAGUCUUAUGGAUAACAAUGGUCCUAUGGGUAAAAAUGGUAUGAACGGCCCCAAUCGUUACAACAACAACAACAACAACAAUAACAACAAUCGUAACAGUGGCGGUGGUGGCACUUGGCGCGCUGGCGGAAAUAAUUUCAAUGACAACAUGGGCAGUGGCAAUAACAAUAACAGCGGCGGUGGUGGCAGUUGGCGAUCAGCAGGCACUGGUCAUCGCAACAACAUGAUUUGCAAAGCAUUUUCACGGGGCAACUGCCGUUUAGGCAAAUAUUGCAAAUUUUUGCAUCCCAAAAAGAGAUUAUAAAAUUUGUUUGAUUAUUUUCAACGAAAAUUAAACAACAAAUCUCUACUAAAUAAUGUACCUGUGAUAAAAGUGCAAAUACAGAGGCAGAUGCCGCAGUGUCAGUACAAACUACCAUUUGUUGAGCUAACUUUUGUCACCUAUACAACCACAAAACAUUCCAUAACAAUGCUGCUCACUUAAAUGGAACAACAAAUUCGAAUCCAUUUUGAACUUUCCACUUUGUCAACUGCAAUGGCAACUGCGAAUGUAAAUGCCCUAGCUACUAGAACCAAAUACUUGUUCCUAAAGACUGCUAUUUCAAAAACCGAGAAACAAACAUUUCUCCAAUGGAUUUACGGUUAUUUAAGUUAUUGUUAUUGCCAUAUUUAAACACUAUUUUGUAUUAUACAUUUAUCGUAACACGAUAAACAGUUACGGGAAAUAUCGA